UUCUAUAAAAAGCCAAACACAGGACAAAAUAAACAGCAAAUUACCAGCAGAAGUUAAGCAGGAAAUACAACUAAUAAUACUAAAAACAAUGCAAUUGCUAAUUAUAGCAAUAGCAUUGCUAUUUUAUGUCAACAAAAGUGUUGAAGGAAAUUGUAAUAAUAAUAAAAGCAACGAUAAAUGGUUGACUUCGGCAAAAGGUUCAAAAAAGGAUUCUGUUAAAAGCAUAACUUUGGCAUAUUUUCAAUACCAUGGUGUACGCAGUUUAAACUUGAUAGUAUGUCCUGCUAAUAGCACAGGUAUUAAAGGGAGUAAACGGCGCUUUCCAAUUGUUAACAAAGUUAUUAAAAUUUCAGCUUUAGAAAUUUCGUCAAUGGUUUUAUUUUACAUGGAACAUAAUCUACCAGUACGUGUUUGGUCGGGUGAGGAUUAUUUGCCUGAAAUGCCUAAGCGUGAGGUGUUUGGUCCACCUAUAACUUUUCGUGAGGUUAAAAAUGAUAGCUAUCGACGUCCUUUAAAACUCAAGCUCGAACCUAUAGCCCAUAAAACGGGAGUUAUGAUAAUCGAUUUUAAUACACCCUGUGCUUUAAAUGUUUUACGUUGGUCGGCUGCUUCAGAAAAUAACUAUUUUAAAACCAAUAGCUUUUGGUUGUUGAUAACAAAAGAUAUAGCAGAUUUAAAGGCUUUGGAAGAUGAGGAUAUUUUCUUGCCACCCGAUAGUGAAGUUAAAGUUUUAGUAGAGGGAAUAAAUAAGACAUUUUCUUUGUUGGAUAUCUAUAAAGUAGCGGCCUUUAAACCUUUAAAGCAGAAUAUGGUAGCGGAAAACUUUUCAAAAGUAGAGGUAAUGUGCAAAGCUUUAAGUUCCUAUGGUUCUGUUAUUUCUUUGAGAGAAAAUUUGGAGGGUAUUGUCUUUAACACCGGUUUAGUGAUCAACUUUCCCGAUAUGUUUACCGAUAUAGAAGAUUUAUCUUUGAGACAUAUAGACACCAUGGCCAAGGUUACUAAUCGUUUGGUGGUGGAUAUGGCCAGGAAAUUGAAUUUAAGAUUUAAUACUUAUCAAACUGACAACUAUGGCUGGCAUAAACCCAAUGGCUCUUUUAGUGGUUUAAUGGGUCGUUUUCAACGUUAUGAAUUGGAUUUUGGUCAAAUGGCUUUUUUCAUGCGUUUAGAUCGCACUAAAGUAUGUAAUUUUCUAGUAGAAACUUUUCGCAUAAGAGCGGGUAUCAUGUUCAGACAGCCUCCUUUGUCGUCGGUGGCCAAUAUUUUUACCAUGCCUUUUGAUAUUAAAGUAUGGAUUUGUUUGAUCAUAUUAAUUGUGUUAACUAUUUGUGUAUUCGCUUUGGAAUUGGCUUUGUCACCGUAUACCCAUGAAAUGCAUUAUUGGGAUUGUAUCAUUUUCGUUUGGGGUGCCAUGUGUCAACAGGGUUUCUAUGGUUCUGUAUCAAAUCUAUCAGCUCGUAUUAUAAUUUUCACCACUUUUGUAGCCACCUUAUUUCUGUUUAUUUCAUUUUCUGCCAAUAUAGUGGCCUUAUUACAAAGUCCUUCAGAAGCCAUUCGUACUUUAAAUGAUCUAAGUCAUUCUUCUUUGGAACUGGGAGUAAUGGAUACAGUGUACAAUAGAGUGUUUCUAAAUGAAUCCACUGAUCCGGUGACUAGAUAUUUGUAUCGCAAGAAAAUUUUACCCAAAGGUGAAAGUAUUUAUAUGAGUCCAGCAGUUGGCAUUAAUAAAAUGCGCUAUGAAACCUUUGCCUUUCAAGUGGAGCUACAAACCGGCUAUCAAAUUAUAAGCGAUACUUUUAGUGAACCAGAAAAAUGUGGUCUUAAGGAAAUGGAACCUUAUAAAUUACCCAUGAUAGCAGUGCCAACUCGCAAGAAUUUUCCUUAUAAGGAAUUAUUUAGAAGACAAUUAAGAUGGCAACGUGAAGUGGGUCUUAUGAAUCGUGAAGAAAUGAAAUGGUUUACCCAACGACCCAAAUGUGAAGGUUUAGGCCGUUUUGUUUCGAUUGGUUUAAAGGAGUGCCGUUAUGCUUGGGCUGUAUUGGGUUGGGGUUGUCUGUUUGCUUUGACAGCCCUGGGCUGUGAAUUGCUUCUGAAGAAAUUUUUGAAAUAGAAAAUAUUAUUUAAAGAAAUCUAUCACUUAAUGCACAAUGUAAUAGAAGAAAUCUUCAAUAUAUUUAACUUAAUAUAAAUACACCAGAAAUUAUGAAAUAAACUUAAAAUUUG